AGAGAUAUCGCGACCCCCUCGAACGCCCAGCUCUCGUCUUGACUCGGCCCUCCUUUAUUUUCUCUAGACCGUUCACUGACUGUCUCUGACUCCCCCCCCCCCCCCUCCCCAGCAUUUAAGGAGUCCUCCCAGCUGCUGCUGAAGGACGAGAAUAUCUAGUCGGGUCAUCCAGGUCGUCUGACUCUGGAGAUCCGCCUCUAACCUGCUGCCGUUAAAAUGUAUCCUCACCGGAAAACCCGCCGUUCAUUCGUCCGCUCGACCACUCUCGCUCUCGUCUCGUCUUCGUCCCGUAUCACUGGAUCAACCUCACCCCUUGUCACCCUCGAGAUGAAUGAUAGUCCCAUCUGAAUAAUCCUCUUGUUGCCCGUGCUCCUCGACCCUUCCGACCGCAUUUCCAAUGCAUGCCAUCUCCCACUCUCUCACCCAUCGCGGGUCGAGUGCGUCCCGCACUCGCUCUCGAUGGCAGCCGUAUUCUUCCGUCCCCUCCUCGCGGUCUCCAUCGAGUGCAUGCCUCAAUACCCCUGCUACAACUGUAUCAACACCCCCCUCAACUCAAACCUCUUCGUCUGGCGAAUCAGAUCUUCUCAAGUCUUCCUCAGCCCUACCCCUCUCACAGAAGGACGGAACACCGCGCGAUGUGCAGAAAUCGAGAUGUGUGAACGGUUUAGUCGAUCUGGCUGUCAAGUCUUUAUGCGAGAUAUGGCAUCCCCAUGACAUACCCGCUGUUUUCUCGGCACCCACUCGAACAAUCGUCCCUGCACCUAUCGCGAGCAGUUCCGUAUCCCUUCCGUCCACGCAUCAGACUAAUAUACACCUCUUCCAUCCUCGAUACUCCCAACUCCCUUCGCCAGUCUCUCCUGGGUGCCCCUUACCAUCUCCAUCCACACCUUUCUCCACAACAUCACAAUACUCCGACAACGUGACCGACAAUUCUUCCACCUCCUCAUCUUCCACCCCCUCAUCCUCCACCUCCUCCAAACCAACUCGAAGUAAUGUAGUUCCGCUGAAGGGUUUCGUGCACGAGGUCCUGCGUAGAUCCAGGACCUCGUGCAGCGUUCUUCAAACAGCUCUAUGCUACCUCGAAGCCAUACGCUGCAAGGUACCCAACAUCAUCCAGCAAGAGAAGCUGGGCAACGGCGUGCGAGGCGAACCGGAUCAGAGUUUUCGCAUCAUCCAGGCCGAUGAAUCUGAGGCGAACUUUGUAGAUGAGGCUAUGACAGACGACCUCAUCGGAACCUCGUACUCUGCUGACUCGGAUAGCUCGUGCGGGUCAGUCGAACCUACUGUUCGUAUCAUGGACACUAGUCUUCCCCCGACUCCUUCGUUCUGUUCAACCUCACAACCGGAAGUCGUGACCUCACUGAGGCGACCUGGACCUUCUGCGGAACUGCCGCCGUUACCGCCAUUGCCAUCGCCCCUUCUCUGUCCUCGCCGUUCGUUCCUGGCGGCUCUCAUCCUCGCAUCGAAGUUUACGCAGGACAAGUGCUACUCUAACCGUGCCUGGGCGAAGCUCGCUGGACUUCCUGCGCGCGAGAUUGGGAGAUGCGAGCGGGCUCUUGGCGAGGCCUUGGAGUGGCGUCUAUGGGUUGGCAAGCUGCCUUGUCCCCGUGGUCCCGUAUCUCGUAGUAGAAGCCAUGGCGCACUGCUUAUGUCUGGCUCUUCAUCGUUCGCAGAGGCUCUGAAUCUGGGUAGCACGCCCGGCUAUUCGAUGCUUCCGCCUUCGACACUGCGUCGCUCUAGCACGCUCCCCGCGAGUGCUUUUGCCUCUACUCUAUCUCGAGAUGCCUCCGCCCUUUCCCUCCGUUUCCCGCAGCCGCCACUUGAGAUGGCGAUGGUUCCUCAGACCCUCUCUUUAGAUUCGCAUCUUGCUACACAAUUCGCGCCCAUGCCUGCGCCGCCGAUGACAACAUGGUCUCAUGGAGAGGCCGGCACAGAUAUCUCUUACUCCGCAUCCUAUCCUGCACCGCUUUCGGACGCUUCCUCGACACCAAUGCUGAGUGUGUCGCCGACGUCGACCGUCUCGUCUCAGGACAGUCUGUACGAGGAGAGGACGAUCAACAUGGCGAGUUUCGUCGAUGUUGCCUCGCCGUUGGCGAUGAAGGUCGAUCCUUCCAUCCCAGCGAGGCCGUCUGGAUACGCGUUUGCAUACCCGGGUGAAUGGCCGUCUACGGCUGGGGAAUACAUGAGCGAGGGAGGGAUCAGUGGUUCUUGGGACGGUGUGGGAUAUUCUUUACGCGAAGAUCUUCGUUGCUAACAUCUCGCUGUCUCCCGCGUUAAUUUUUUUUUGUCCCAAUAUCGUCUCUAGCGCUCGACUCUUAUCUAUUUUCUUGACUCCCUUGUACUCACUGUAACACUGUACAUAGAAUUUGGCAGGCUUUAUUCUUCUCUCCACAGUCUGUUCAUGCGGUCCUCAUUGUUAUCUUCUUUUGCAACCUGUUGGUCUACGUCUUUCUUCCGUGCCUGCGAUCUUAAGGCUCCUCCCAUCCGGUUCGCUUCGAUGGACGACCUCGGUGCUGCUUAAUUAUGCCUACAACGCACGUAUGAUCUAUUCUUUCUUGUUGUCCUGUUCC